GCGGAGAGGGCGUCCCGUGCGCCCCGCGUGCCUGUGGCGAGCCCGCGGAGGGCGCGCGCGUCCUUGAGCGCCGCGCGGGGCGGACGGAGCCGCGUCCUCGGGCUUCGGGGGGCCCUGGCACGUUUCGGCGCCGCGUUCUUGAGGCUGUGGUGAAAGGCUUCAGGACUGAAAUGCUCCACUUAAGGACUUGUGCUGCUAAGUUGAGGCCGUUGACGGCCUCCCAGACUGUUAAGACAUGUUCCCAAAACAGGCCGGCCGCGGUCAGGACGCUUCAGCAGUCUCGGUGCUACUCUGCACCUGUUGCCGCCGAGCCCUUUCUGAGCGGGACUAGUUCAAACUAUGUGGAGGAGAUGUACUGUGCUUGGCUGGAGAACCCCAAGAGUGUGCACAAGUCAUGGGACAUUUUUUUCCGCAACACCAAUGCCGGAGCCCCCCCAGGCACUGCCUACCAGAGUCCCCUUCCCUUGAGCCGAGCCUCCCUGGCUGCCGUCGCCCAGGCUCAGCCCAAUGUGGACAAGCUCGUGGAAGACCACCUGGCAGUGCAGUCCCUCAUCAGGGCGUAUCAGAUCCGAGGGCACCAUGUAGCACAGCUGGACCCCCUGGGGAUUUUGGACGCUGAUCUGGACUCCUCCGUGCCCGCUGACAUUAUCUCAUCCACAGACAAACUUGACCUUGCAGUUUUCAAGGAGCGACUCCGAAUGCUAACAGUAGGAGGGUUCUACGGCCUGGACGAGUCUGACCUGGACAAGGUCUUUCACCUGCCCACCACCACUUUCAUCGGAGGACAGGAGUCGGCGCUGCCCCUGCGGGAGAUCAUCCGUCGGCUGGAGAUGGCCUACUGCCAGCACAUCGGGGUGGAGUUCAUGUUCAUCAAUGACCUGGAGCAGUGCCAGUGGAUCCGGCAGAAGUUUGAGACCCCCGGGGUCAUGCAGUUCACCAACGAGGAGAAGCGGACGCUGCUGGCCCGGCUUGUGCGCUCGACCAGGUUUGAGGAGUUCCUGCAGAGGAAGUGGUCUUCUGAGAAGCGUUUUGGUCUGGAGGGCUGUGAGGUGCUGAUCCCCGCCCUCAAGACCAUCAUCGACAAGUCGAGUGAGAAUGGCGUGGACUACGUGAUCAUGGGCAUGCCACACAGGGGGCGGCUGAAUGUGCUGGCAAACGUCAUCAGGAAGGAGCUGGAGCAGAUCUUCUGUCAGUUCGACUCUAAACUGGAGGCCGCUGAUGAGGGCUCCGGCGACGUGAAGUACCACCUGGGCAUGUAUCACCGCAGGAUCAACCGCGUGACCGACAGGAACAUCACCCUGUCCCUGGUGGCAAACCCGUCCCACCUGGAGGCUGCAGACCCCGUGGUGAUGGGCAAGACCAAAGCUGAGCAGUUCUACUGUGGAGACACCGAAGGGAAAAAGGUAAUGUCCAUCCUCCUGCAUGGGGACGCUGCCUUCGCCGGUCAGGGCAUUGUGUACGAGACCUUCCACCUGAGUGACCUGCCGUCCUACACGACCCACGGCACCGUGCAUGUGGUCGUCAACAACCAGAUUGGCUUCACCACAGACCCGCGGAUGGCCCGCUCCUCCCCGUACCCUACCGACGUGGCCCGUGUGGUGAACGCCCCCAUCUUCCACGUGAACUCAGACGACCCUGAGGCCGUGAUGUAUGUGUGCAAGGUGGCAGCCGAGUGGAGGAGCACCUUCCACAAAGAUGUGGUCGUUGAUCUGGUGUGUUACCGGCGCAAUGGCCACAACGAGAUGGACGAGCCCAUGUUCACGCAGCCCCUCAUGUACAAGCAGAUCCGCAAGCAGAAGCCAGUGCUGCAGAAGUACGCAGAGCUGCUGGUGGCCCAGGGCGUGGUCAACCAGCCCGAGUAUGAGGAGGAGAUCUCCAAGUACGACAAGAUCUGCGAGGAAGCUUUCGCCAGGUCCAAGGACGAGAAGAUCCUGCACAUCAAGCACUGGCUCGACUCGCCCUGGCCUGGCUUCUUCACCCUGGACGGUCAGCCCCGGAGCAUGUCCUGCCCCUCCACGGGCCUCACCGAGGACGUCCUCACGCACAUUGGGAACGUGGCCAGCUCCGUGCCCGUGGAGAACUUCACCAUCCACGGAGGGCUGAGCCGGAUCCUGAAGACCCGCGGAGAGCUGGUGAAGAACCGCACCGUGGACUGGGCUCUGGCGGAGUACAUGGCUUUCGGCUCGCUCCUGAAGGAGGGCAUCCACAUCCGGCUGAGCGGCCAGGACGUGGAGCGUGGCACCUUCAGCCACCGCCACCAUGUGCUCCAUGACCAGAAUGUGGACAAGAGAACCUGCAUCCCCAUGAACCACCUCUGGCCCAACCAGGCGCCCUACACCGUGUGCAACAGCUCGCUGUCCGAGUACGGCGUCCUGGGCUUUGAGCUGGGCUUCGCCAUGGCCAGCCCCAACGCCCUGGUGCUCUGGGAGGCCCAGUUUGGUGACUUCCACAACACGGCUCAGUGCAUCAUCGACCAGUUCAUCUGCCCCGGGCAGGCCAAGUGGGUGCGGCAGAAUGGCAUCGUGCUGCUGCUGCCCCACGGCAUGGAGGGCAUGGGGCCAGAGCACUCCUCUGCACGCCCAGAGCGGUUCCUGCAGAUGUGCAACGAUGACCCAGAUGUCCUGCCGGACCUGCAGCAAGCCAACUUCGACAUCAGCCAGCUGUACGACUGCAACUGGGUCGUCGUCAACUGCUCCACGCCCGGCAACUUCUUCCACGUUCUGCGGCGCCAGAUCCUGCUGCCCUUUCGCAAGCCGCUGAUCAUCUUCACGCCCAAGUCCCUGCUGCGCCACCCUGAGGCCAGGACCAGCUUUGACGAGAUGCUUCCAGGGACCCACUUCCAGAGGGUGAUCCCAGAGAGCGGCCCUGCAGCUCAGGCCCCCGCCGGUGUCAAGAGGCUCCUCUUCUGCACGGGCAAAGUGUACUACGACCUCACCCGCGAGCGCGCCGCCAGGGGCAUGGCCGAGCAGGUGGCCAUCACGAGGAUUGAGCAGCUGUCACCGUUCCCCUUCGACCUUCUGCUGAAGGAGGUGCAGAAGUACCCGAACGCCGAGCUGGCCUGGUGCCAGGAGGAGCACAAGAACCAGGGCUACUACGACUACGUGAAGCCCAGGCUCCGCACCACCAUCGACCGCGCCAAGCCCGUCUGGUACGCGGGCCGGGACCCAGCGGCCGCUCCGGCCACCGGCAACAAGAAGACACACCUGACGGAGCUGCAGCGCCUGCUGGACACCGCCUUCGACCUGGACGCCUUCAAGAACUUCUCGUAAACGCUCCGGGGUGCGCCGCUGCCCCCCACGCCCACGCUGCCCUCGCUUCUCAACUGAAGGAUAGUGCCUGAGCGCCACCCACUCUGCCCCCGCUGUGCCCUCGUAGGAAUUAGGCCCCUGUCCCUGAGUGCCGGCUGCCCGCCGGCUCCCGGGCUGUCCUGACUUCUGUCAGGCCGAGCAGCUUUCUGGGAGGAGGGGGCAGCAGGGGAGAAGGAUGCCCCUCCCCCCAGCUCCGGCUACACCCCUCCCCCAGCACCCCCCCUAGGGCAGAGGAGAGCCCCUGUGUGGCCUCCCGGAGCGGCUGUCCUUGUCACCCAGCGAGGCGUGGGCUCCUGCACUGGGACAGGGGCUUUGUCUUCCCACAGCCAAGCCUCAGGAUCCAGAGGGCCUGGGCUGGCAGGGCUUCCGGGAGGCCCCGGCUGUGGGCUGAACCGUGGAUGCUCGCGGUGGCUCGAGCCCCACAGUGUCCAUCCCAGGCUUCCCCGUGAGUCCAGGGCCCCACAUGGGGCCGUGUCCCACUCACCCUCUUGGGGCCGGGCAGCACCCUUGGUGCCCACAACCGGGCGCUGGCCGCUCCGUCUCCGUCCCAGUCCCUUGGACCUGCUCCCCGCCACACCCCGCUCCCUGCUGUUUCCCAUGAUCCCAGUGGAGACUAAAUGAGUCCUUUCUUUGCUGUGCCAAAGCAGGUCAGGAGCAGGAGGUGGUAAGGGCUGCAGCCGAGGGCCAGCCGCCUUCGUCCUCACUUCGACCUUCACAGGGACAGAUCUGAUUAUUUAUUUUGGUUAAAAAAAAAAGAACAAAAACAACUUUGCAUUGCAUCGGCUUGACCCAUAAACUAAGUUAUCCACAGGC